CGUACAUACGGCCACGGAGAGCUGACAAGCGGGCAAAGCUCGGGCCCUGAGGGACGGCUUGGAGGCCCGGGGUCGUCCCGCAAAGCCCGGAGACGCGGAGGACCAAGCAGCCGAGCCAGGGAGCCGCCCGGCUGUACCGAGCAGCGCGGGAAGGCGCUGCGCUUGAGAGCCGAAAACUUCGGUACCCGCCGCCAGCAACCCCCGCCCGCUCCCCACCUGCCGCCCCGGCGCCGCCUGGAUCUGCCCCGCCGCUGGCUACCCCCUAUCGGCCGGCACCGCCCCUCCGGGCCCCGCUCCGCAGAGGAGCUCCGGGGCGAGCGCGGAGCCCCGCAGCCCCGCGGGGGCCGCCUGAGGCGAGGCCGAACCGGGCCGCCCCCUCGCUCCGCUCCGUUCCGUUCCGCGCCGGCCGGGCCGCGCCCCACGCCCCGCUGCAGCAGGCGUCCCCCCGCGGUGAUUAUCCGCUGCCGCCCGGGGGAAGCGGCCGCUGCCGGGAAGAUGGCGAGCCUCCGCCUGCUGCUCCUCGGGUACUUGGGGGUCCUCUGCUAUCAUAAGGUGACUGGAAUUGCUAUUGAGACAGAUAAUAAAAAUGUAAAAGCAGAGGAGUUUAAAGAGGCUAUUCUUAGUUGCAAGCACAAAUUUUCAAAAGGGAUGAGUCUAAGGAUAGAAUGGAAGAAAAUCCAGUCCCAAGAAGUUUCAUUUGUUUACUACAAUGGUGAAUUUACAGGUGAUCUGAGAGACCGAGCAGAGAUGUUGAAUACAGGAAUCCGUAUAAGAAAUGUGACUAGAAAGGAUUCUGGGACCUACCGCUGCGAAAUCAGUGCGAAGAGUGAAGAGGGGCAACGCCUGGGAGAGGCUUCUAUUACUCUCACAGUGUUGGUUCCUCCCACUACUCCAAUAUGCGUGGUACCCAACUCUGCAAUGACGGGAACAGUAGUGGAGCUGAGCUGUAAGGAAGCUGAGGGAUCUCCUCCAUCUGAGUACCAGUGGUACAAGAAUGGCGUUGCCUUACUGGAAAAGACAGGAACGGGCAGUGCUAGAACAACCAACAUAACGUACACCAUGAAUAAAAAGUCUGGCACUCUGAUAUUUAACACUGUUUCAAAGAACGACACUGGAGAGUAUUUCUGCGUAGCCUCAAAUGGGAUUGGAUUACCUCAGAAAUGCUCCAUGAAGAGAAUGCAAGUUGAUGACCUUAACGUAAGCGGUAUCAUCGCUGCUGUAGUAAUCGUGGCUCUGAUAAUGGCACUGUGUGGCCUUGGAGUACUUUAUGCUCAAAAGAAAGGGUAUUUUACAAAGGAGAGCUCUUCCCAGAAGUCCAACUCUCAAUCUACAAGUGAAAAGGAUUUCAAGCACACCAAAUCCUUUGUUAUCUAGAAGAUUUCAGCCUCUGUGAGGGACAUCAAACAACUACUUGUUAUACAAAAAUAUCAAAGGGAUUUUUUGACCUCUACUCUGUAAAUAUUGUUUCCAUGUACUUAUGCACUGAAAAUAGAAAUUGCUACUGUUUAGAUCUAGUCAACUUAUUUGUGUAUGAUUGGUUUUUUUUCUUUAACCAACGACAAACCUGCUUAACUUAAAGAUGCAACUAAACGGCAUACACAAGUCAAUUUGUGUGGCUUCUCAUUUUGUUGAUGUAUACGUGCAGCAAUACAGGAUUCACUCUUGCAGCUUGGAACAGUCUGUCCAAGUAACUUUUGUAGAUGGCCAUUGUCAAGGGCUCAAACUCUCCUAUAACAUUGACUUCAUUCUUACUUAUCUGUCCACAUUAUAUUAGGUUUGACAGAGCCAUCUAGAAGUGCAGAAAUAGUUGCCCAGACUUUAACUCACUAUCCAGCCAGGACAAAGCUGCUUGUAAUUGAGGCCCAAGCAUUGUUUUAUUGCCUAAUAUAAAAUGCCUACAGCAUCUCUUUUACAAGGAAGUACCUCUUUCUGCAAAUCGCAUACGUUACUUGCCAGUACAACUAUAGUUGUAAUAGCUGGACCCUAAAUGUUAAAGUAUUACAAAUAAAUAGUUCCUCAGAGCCUGAA